AUGCCGAUCGACACAAAACGCAAGGCAGAGGACGAGGAGCCUCGCGCCGACGGUUCCGACUACGACUCGGAUGGCUCCGAGGAGCCCGACUUUAUCAACGUCGACUUUGACUUUCGCGCGCCCGAGGAGAUCGACUUCCAGGCUCUGAAGCGUCUCUUGCAGCAGCUCUUCUACACGCACAACACCAAGCUCGACCUGUCUGCGUUGGCGGAUCAGAUCGUCAAGACGUCCACAUCCCAAGGCAUCGGCACCACCAUCAAGGUCGUCGGCGACGAGGACCAGGAUCCGUACGCCUUUGUCUCGUCCAUCACGCUUUCCAGCGCAAAGUCCGAGGGCUCCGAGGCCACCAACAGUCUGGUCAAGUACUUGCUCGAAGUGUCUUCCAAGCCAUCCACCAAGUCUGUUCACGACCUUCUCAAGAGCGCAGCAUCGAGCACGUCGACCAACGCACCCAUCGUGGCGGUGCUGCACGAGCGCAUGGUCAACAUGCCUCCCCAAGUGGCUCCGCCUCUGUACAAGAUGCUGCUCGAAGAGAUGCGUGCAUCGCUCGCGUCCACCUCGGCUCCGACUCCGUCGCACUUCCUCUUCUUCUCGCGCGUCUUUUCGGCAGAUGCCUUCUCUGACGACGAGGCGAUGGACGAGGACGACGACGACGAACCCUCUGGCCUCGCGGGCGCGCGCAAGAGGAAGGCCAAGCUCGCACGCAGAGAAGCAAAGAAGGCGGGCGCCAAGAAGGACGCUCCCAAGACACGUGCCAUUUCGGACGGCAUGGCCCUCAACGGAGCAUCCGACGAGGAGCUCGGCCUCUUCCACCCAGAGGACGUCGCCAUCGCAAAGAUGGCCAGCCACGCGCUCACCUUCCGCUUCCCACCGCCUGCCGAUGCCGCCGACAGCUUCGAGGCUCCGCUCUUUGGCCGCGUCGCCGUCGUGCCCGCCGACAAGAUGGACGCGCUCUUGCAGCAGAUCGACGCCGACCUUUCGGUGCCUCUUGCAUAA